CCCAUACCCAAGGCCCUCUGGCCACUCAAAUUUCCAAGGCUAUAAUUCAUCUCCGAAUCAUUAUGGUUCCUUUCCAAGUUCAGGACAUAAUGGUGUGCCGUUAUUACGUACACCUACACCUCCGAUUCAUCCUGUCAGAGGAGCGUAUGCUCAGGAUAUUCGGCAAGGUCAAAGAGGACAGCAACAUGGCUACAUGUCAUCUCCAAACCAUCUUGAUUCCUCCCACAAGGUUCGUGGUUCAGGGCACAGGGUUAAGCCUUCAUUACCAACCCCUCCGAGCAAUCCUGUCGGAGGAGCGGAUGCUCAGGAUAUUCGAAACGAACAAAGAGGGAAGCAACAUUUUUCUCGUGGAAAUUAUAAAAAUCAAGGGGAUCGUGGUCGCAAUUCGAGAAGUUCGCAAGCAAUGCCGAGGAGAGAAAAUUCUGGCGCAGAUUUCAAUAAGAAUAGACGAGAACGGGAGCAUCCCAUGGGCCUGAAAGAUCUGCAACUUCUUGCUCAAGGCGAUGAUCCUGCUCCGAUUUUCGCAGUCAUCAACGAAAAGUCUGGAUUUCCGCUUGCUUUGCAUGAUGAACGAUUGAAGGACAAUCCCGAGAGGAUGAAGUACGUCUUGAAGGUGCUUCGAAGGGCGAUGGAAAUGCACGGAUUCGGCCAUACUGUCGGACGUGCCAUUUCCUUGGCUGUGCACUCGAACUUGUUGGACUCGCUCAUUCAGUUCAAUUUGACAACAUUGCCGCCAAUGUGUGAUUCGAAACCUGGAGAUGCCCGAGACAUUGUGCGCAGCGAAAUUUCACUGUUCGACUUGAUUGUCAGACUGUGCCCGGCCGAUGAGGCUAUGAACGUAGAAGCGUGUGCCAACUCGAUCAGAAUGGUGCUAUUAGAUAUGGAUGAAAUUCUCGGACCAGAUGUCGAACUGAAUCAGACGUACAAGCGAGUUCGUGAAAAUUUGGCGGACUUGCGCAAAACUGUUGAAAAGCCGGAUCAUGUCAUCGCACAAAAAGUUGUCGUGCACGGCAGAAGUCACUUGGAAGAAGCACCGGAAAAUUUUCGUACGUUGUCGGUUCUCCCAACAUUGGCUGAUUUGUUAUCAAAAGAAAAGCCUUUUCUGCGUGCCAAUAUUACGAAUGGGAGAUAUUUGAACACGGACCAUUACUUGGACGUACAAUUCCGGCUGAUGAAGGAAGACUUUGUCAGGCCCUUGCGAGAUGGAGUGGUAGAAAUAAUGAAGGGAAUGGAAAAGGCGGGUGAUAAUUUUGCUGCCUGGAGAAAGAUUCAAGAUGUCAGGAUCUACGAAAAAGGAGUUGUUGUCGGAAAAGUUUACGAACGUGUGGGAAUCACGCUUGAACUCAAAUUUUCUUUGAAAAAUUUGGGUCGAGUUCGGUGGGAGAUCAGCAAGCGCUUGAUAUUUGGGUCACUGCUUUGCUUGACGAACGAUGGUUUCCAAAGUGUUCUGUUUGCUUCUGUUGCGGACCGAAAAGUUGAAGAUCUGAAACGAGGAGUUGUGAGAAUACGGCCCGAAAGCGCCCAAUUUGACCUGAAUGCCUGGACGAAAGGUCCUGAAUUUUUGAUAGUGGAAAGUGCGGCCUUUUUUGAGGCCUACCGCCAUGUUCUCCAUUCAUUGCAAAACAUUCCUUUGGAGCGUUAUCCACUGAAAGAGCAUAUUGUGGAUUUGGAAAGGAAUAUGUUCUUACCGCAAUACAUGGAGGAUUAUCGUGGCCAGGAAGCAGGAAUUUUCCUUUUGACCGGCGAAGGCAGACAACUUUACGGAAACCCAUUUACGGAUCAAUGGCCAAAACCAGAAGAACUCGGACUGGAUGAAGCUCAGUUUCGUGCAUUCAAAGCUGGUCUUAGUCACAAAUUUGCCCUCAUCCAAGGUCCUCCUGGAACUGGUAAAACUUUCAUUGGACUGAAGCUGGUGCAGACGAUUCUUACCCGUCGUCAUGAAUUCAAGAUUGUCAAUGACGGUCCAAUAUUGGUGGUCUGCUUCACGAACCACGCCCUCGAUCAAUUCUUGGAGGGCAUUAGCAAAUUUACGAAGAAAAUUCUCCGGAUAGGCGGGCGUUCGAAGAGUACGUUGCUAGAGGAAUUCACCGUGAGAAACGCACAAAUGAAAUAUCGCGGGAAUGCAUUUCAAGUCAGUCGGGACAUCAGAAUGGAAUUGUUGACUCUGGAACGCGCCUUGGGUGAACUGGAGAUUUUGAGGAAAGGUAUAUCUUCCGGAGCUGGAAUCUUAUCCGUGAAUGCAUUGCGUCAAUAUGGAAUAGAAAUCCCCGAAAGUUUCGGUCCGGAUUUCAGCCUGGCUACCUGGCUGGGCUUCAAUAACUCUGCCAAUUCUUCUGAAAAUUUCCUGAAACAAAUUUUGGACGAGGAGAAGGGACUUUUGUUUGCCGAGAAGAGAAUGGUGAAACUCCCGGACGAAAAUCAAGACGAUGAAGAAAUUGGGACUGAAAACAAUGAGAUUGACGCUGUGGACUUGGACAUUGAGGACGAAGCUGCAGCUGAGGCCCAACGCCGAGAAAUGGAGUCCAUUUACGAUACUGAUCGUGCUGCUGCGGUACCGACGACUAAGCAAACCAGCGAAUGUAUUCGUCGUCACUGCGAAAUUAGCAGCCUGAGUCUUGAAGAAGCUGUGAUGAAAGCUGAGGCGGAAGUCAAUAAAAUUUCGGAAAUGAUGCAAGACCUUGUUGGGGAUCCGGAUAUAGAAGUCUACGUUAAACAGCGAGACCAUGGAACCUUGCUACGCGAGUUGAUGCAAGCGGAAUAUAAAUUGGAAACUUCCAAAAUGAAGAAAAACAAACUUGAAGCUGAUUCCGCGUUCUUGAAAGUGCCUUCAAGCUUGGAUCUCGUGAAGCCUCCUGAGCGAUUGGUUGGACCCGAAGAAAAUUGGAUGUCAUCCCGUGUGAAAGGCAAAUGGUUGAUCUAUCGUUAUUGGGCCAACCAAUUGGUCCGCAUCAUAUGCAACAAAAUCGAUGCCGAAAUGGAAAAGUAUAAGCUUCUUGUCGAAAGAUACAAAGAAGCUCAAGAUGGGGCAUUAUUGCAACAUACUCGGUCGUUGGAUGUUGUUGGGAUGACGACAACUGGUGCCGCACGGAACAUGUCUCUCGUGCAGAACAUGAGAGCUAAAAUUCUUGUGGUAGAAGAAGCUGCGGAAGUUUUGGAAUCGCACAUUGUGUGCUGCUUAUCUACCCAUUGCGAGCAAUUGAUACAAAUCGGUGAUCAACAGCAACUGAGGCCUACGACCACAGUGUACAAGCUCGCGAAAGACUAUGGGUUAGAUGUUUCUAUGUUUGAACGAAUGGUGAAAAACAACAUUCCAUAUGAACGCCUGCGUCAACAGCACAGAAUGCGACCAGAAAUUUCAAAUUUGAUCAAAGUGAACGUGUAUGAAGAUCUGCAAGAUUACCGGACUGUCGAAUUGUACGAUGAUAUUCUUGGUGUGGAUAAAAACGUGUUUUUUGUCACGCACAACGUCCCGGAGAGUUCGAAUGAAGAUUUGAAAAGCAAGAGCAACGAGGUAGAGGUCGAAUUUUUGCUGGGACUCUGUAGGUAUCUUUUACUUCAAGGAUACAAACCGAGUCAAAUCACUAUUUUGACCGGAUAUUCGGGACAACUUUUCGUCUUCAAAAAGGCGAUAGACAGAUUCCCCAUGUGCAGAGAGGUUCGGAUCACCUUGGUAGAUAACUAUCAAGGUGAAGAGAACGAUAUCAUACUGUUGUCCCUCGUGAGGAGCAAUUUGGAUGGAAAUAUCGGAUUUCUAAGGACUGACAACCGAGUAAAUGUCGCUUUGUCGCGUGCGAAGCAAGGACUGUUCAUUGUCGGGAAUAUGGACAUCUUGAGUGCCGGCAGCGGCUUAUGGAUGAAGAUAAAAAAUGUCCUAGAGAAGGAUAAACAGAUCGGAAGAGCUUUGAUUCUGCGUUGUCAAAUUCACCCGGAUCAAGUCGCUUCUGUCUUCAAACCGAGUGAUUUCCCCAUCAGUGGUGGCUGCACCAGAAUUUGUAACGGAAUAAUCAACGCAUGUGGUCAUUUGUGUGAACGACUUUGUCACGUGAUAGACAAGGAGCAUAAAACCGGAGAAACUCGCUGCCGAAGGCCGUGUGAAAGAAAAUGUGACGCUCUUGAGAGACAUGCUUGUAAAUCCAUUUGUGGAAAACCCUGUCCACCUUGUAACGAGAAAGUUGAAAGGAUGCUGGUUCCGUGCAAGCACUUGCGAGAAAUGAAGUGUUGCGAAAAUGUAGCUCAGGUAAAAUGUCUCGUGAAGUGCAUCGUCAGGCUGGAUUGUGGACAUGCGUGUGAGAAAUCGUGUCACGUCAAAGAGGAUCCGGAUCAUUUGUACACGAGGUGUACGAAAGAAUGCGGAAAGUCGUGCCCAAGAGAGCAUCCUUGCAAAGGUCUGUGCUGGCAAGAUCCUUGCCCACCGUGCCAGGAGCUGGUUAAUUUGACACUACUAUGUGGACACUCCAUAAAAGCAUUGUGUAACGUGAAGCCAGAUCAGGUCGAAUGCAAAAAAGAGUGUAAGAAACAGCUGCCUUGUGGUCAUCCAUGCCGGAAGAAAUGCAAGGAAACCUGCGGGGAUUGUCGUGAGAUGGUUGAAAAGAUAAAUCCUGGCUGCUCACACUCAGUUAGGGUGCUAUGCUCAAAAGCUCCCGAGAAUGCUGAUUGCAAGAAGGACUGCGAAAGGCUCUUGCCAUGUGGUCACAAAUGUCAAAAAAAGUGUUCAGACCGUUGCACCACGAGUUGCUCUGUCAUGUUGAACAUGGGCAAAGUCGGAAAGUGCGGGCAUCUAGUCAGACUGCCUUGCCACAUCGUAACCAGUCGUAAAAUCUUGUCUUCUGAAGAGGAAAUGGAGUUUUGCGAUCAUCCUUGCGGAGCUACGCUGUCGUGCGAACACAAAUGUGUGGGAAAAUGCUCGGAAUGUCUUCAGGGCAGAAUUCAUGUGCCUUGCCGAGAGCCCUGUGGGCGACAACUUGUUUGUGGACACGUUUGCAAAGUCGCUUGCAGUGCCAACUGUCCACCUUGCAGAGAGCAAUGUGAAAAUUUUUGUCCGCACUCUGUCUGCAAGAAGCUGUGCGGGGAACCUUGCGCUUCUUGUUUGGAAAAAUGCAAGAGCGGAUGUCGUCAUAAGCCGUGCAAAUUGAGGUGUUCCGACGAUUGCGGCAGAGGCAGUGACAAAUGCAAUGAGCCGUGUGAAAAAGUUCUCGGGUGCAAGCAUAAAUGCGUUGGGCUCUGCGGAGAAAUUUGCCCACCGUGUCGGGAAUGCAGUAAAAAUACAGUGGAGUUUUUCGACGUGAUUAUGAACGAUAUUUGCGACGAACCGGACGCCAGAUUCGUCGUUUUGAAAUGCAAACACAUUAUUGAGGUUGAUGGAAUGGAUCAGUGGAUGCAAAUGCCAAUGGAAGCUAUAGGACUGAGGUUGUGUCCGCGUUGCAAAACUCCGAUUGUUUCUUCUCAUCGUUACCGUGAGGAGGUCAGGGCCUCCUUGAGAGCAGUCAAUGAUGUGAAAAAGCGAAUUUUCGGAGAGAACCACGAUCUUCAAAGAAUCCUCGAGAAAAUGCUGGAUCCAAGCGAGUCCUCAGCAUGCGGGAUGAUCAAGACAGUUUUCUUGCAAGAGCAAUUCAUUGAUCAAAUUUUCAACGAGAUCGGAUACCGGCGGUUGAACCAUCCUAAGGAGAAGAAAGCAUCCAACCGAACCCUCAACAAAUUGAACGGGAUGGAAUGCAAUAGUAUUACCAAUCGUCUGGAUCUUCUUGAAGCACUGGCCGCAAUGAUUUCGAAAUACAAUCGAGAGGAGAGUCUUACUUUAAAUGUCCGAAGCCAGCUUGAAGCAAAGCUACGCAAGCUGGCCCAAUUGGUUAUGUCGAGAAAAAACAACUUGGACGGAUCGGUGUUGCAAUCUUUUUCGUCGGAAAUCCAGCGUCUACGUUACGUACCAUUGUUGGAAAUGAUGCGAGCAAAAGUCGUCGCACCUCAGGGAAAGAAUUUGAUCGCAAAAGUUGAGGCUAUUUUGGCAGACAUCGGCUGUUUCACUGCUGCGAAGGAAACUGAAGUAAAAGCAUUGCUCGAAGAAGCCAAGAAAUAUUGCUCUACUCUGGUAGUAACGCCGGAAGAAAAGCGCAUGAUUUUGCAAGCGAUGGGUUUGAAGAAGGGGCACUGGUAUAAAUGUCCUAACGGACACGUCUAUUGCAUUACUGAGUGCGGAGGAGCAAUGGAACAAUCCCGUUGUCCGGACUGCGGCGAAUCGAUUGGUGGUGGUAGUCAUGCGUUGCUUAGAUCGAAUCGCGUUGCGACCGAGAUGGAUGGCUCGUUGCAUCCUGCUUGGUCCGAUGCCUACAACAACAUGGCGAAUUUCAAUUUUGAUGAUGUGCGGCGACUGAAGAUUGUGGGCAGGAGGUUCGACGUUUUCAUGCUGCGUGAUCUGGGAUUUUCCAAGGUUCAGCACAGGGUCCAAGCGGAGGACAUUCGACAGGAUCUCAGCCAAGGCAGGGCAUGGGAAGCCCAUUCCGAGCGCCGUUCGGAUUCCUGGGUGUUCGAGGUAACUCAGGUCGAAGAAGAUUUCCUGCUGGAACUAAUAAUCUUCCCUAUAAUGGUGUAUCCGUUACCGAACGUGGACGACGACCACCGUGUUCUUCAAACGCUGCACGUAUCGCUGGCAGACGAGGAACAUAUGCUGGUAACGUUCUUCGAGGGCAUAGAGGGAGGAAUGGUUAUCGAGGAAAUCCCAGAAAUCAAGAUAAUCCGAGUCGUGGAUCAUGGGUGUCUAAUCGACAGUCCACGAAAGAAGAUUCCGGUGGAGAUUCUCAUGUGA